AUGCGGAGAGGAGAUCAUUUUAACACGCAGAGAAAUUCGUAUCAGAACUCACAGUAUCAUCAAGUAAUGGCAUCACAGCCGAUACUGAAGGAAUACGUGGCGGAUCAGAUGCAGGGCGCCUACUAUAGCCCGCCGACCGUUCGGGGCAGCCUUGGGACUCCCAACCUGGGCUAUCGAUUGGGGUGUUACAGUGGCCAGAGUGGCUCGUACGGUUCGCGCCGCUCCCUUCGGCGUUCUGCACCAGGCAGCUGCCAACAAGGGGAACCCCAGCCAGAGGACUUCAACGUUGUUUUGGUUGCGACUCGACCGCUGUUGAAGACGUUAGCUCGGGAAUGCCGACCGUGGCCACCAUGGUGUGUUGGUUUUGCAGUGCCGGAAAACCCCACGGAAGAACUCAGGCUUUUUGCGUCAUUUCUUCGGGCAACGCCAGAGGAAAUAACUUGCAGUGAUUCUGCAGUAAACCUUGCGACCGAAAUUAUGCAGGCAGUGUGGCCUACAGUCGUGAUGAAGCCCAUGGCGACAACAGCUGCUGGGCUAUCGCCACUGAAGGAUGUCACGCUUCAUUACUACGCCCAGCAUUCUCCUGUCACAUCGGAAGAAAUGGAGCGUGUCCAGAAGGAAAUUCAAAACGUUGCCAACAGUCAUGGGGCACAUGUGGAGUUUGCCACAGAUUAUAGGGACGUGCCGUGCGUUGUCAUAACUGAUACCCGAUCUGGAAGAAGGCUUACAAUACGCUAUGGUCCCCAGGCAUCAUAUGCGGAACAUCCGUCGAAUAUAUUUCGAACAAUAAUAGUGUCAAACAGCGAUUAUCAUGCUACGCUUACUUUACUUGAUGCUCUCUUGCGUCAGAACAAAAUCUUGGAUGAUACUGGAACAAUCAAGGACGCCCUAAACGGCGAAGCGCUUCUCACUAUGGUCGUCGCCAUCAUCAACUCAUACAGUUCUUCCGAUGUGCCCGAUGCAAAUCGACUAAUGAUGGAUUUUUUUUUGACAUAUGGCUUUGCAGCAAACUUCGAUCUCGUAAAGCAUUCAGUUACAAUAAAUGGGAUGUCGCAACCAACACCCAAAGUCCACCACAACGCCCAAAUCAGUGUGCUUGACCCCCUUGACGAAACACGCAACUUAACACCCAAGUUGGAAAAAGCGAUGCACCUACAAGCCGUCUUCAACUACUGCUACACGGCGCUCUCACAGUUUACCCAGGUUUCCCAGCGGCAGCGUCGUGCCCAGUCCACGCUCUCUACCAUUAUCGGUGGGGAGGCGUACUGGGGGCGCGUGCUGCAGCUGUACCAUGAAGGAAUAUCUCCCUACGUGGAUGUUGUGGAAAUGAAGAAACAUAUUUUAGUGCAGUCUUUGUAG